CCAGGGAGCCGGAGCUUGGAGGGGUGGGAAGAGGAGGAGGUGGGCGUGGCGUACUACGUAUCCCGUGAGUCUCCGCGGCGGGCCGGGGCGGGCCGCGGCGACGCGAGGAGGGGAGGCGGGGCUGAAGAGCUGGAAUAUUUAUCCAGUUCCAGAUGCUUCACAGAAGUAUAGGAGAAAUUGAACAAAAUUAGAUUAAAUUCAUUUAUGAAAAAAGAAAAAAUUUACUGUAAGAUAAUAGUAGAUUGUCAUAACACUGCAAUGGAUUCCUCCAUGGAAAACAAUACAUAUAUAAACAAAAUGUGGGUUCAAUGUGAAAGUUGUUUGAAAUGGAGGUUGUUGUCAACUGAGGAUGCAGCCAGAGUUGAUCACAAUGAAUCAUGGUAUUGCUACAUGAACACUGAUUUAAAAUAUAAUAAGUGCUCUAUUUCUGAAGAAGACUUUCCUGAAGAGUCUCAAUUUCAUCGAAGUGGAUUUAAGAUUGUCUAUUCACAGAUACCUGUUGGUAGCCUGGUUUUGGUAAAAUUCAAGAAUUGGCCAAGUUGGCCAGGGAUACUUUGCCCUGAUCCUUUGAAAGGUAAAUAUGUGACCUAUGACCUGGAUGGAAAUGUUGAACAGUAUCACAUAGAAUUCCUGGGUGAUCCCCAUUCAACAUCAUGGAUAAAUGCAACAUUUGUUGGAAAUUAUAGUAUCACAUUAAAGCCAGGAAAAUAUGAAAGUAGAAGGAAGAAGUGGUAUAUAAGUGCGCUACACGAAGCAUACCAUCUUUAUGGAUAUUCUCCUGAGCAAAGACUGGAAAUGUGCUGCCUAUCAAAACAGGAUAAAUCCAAAGCAGAUGACAAAGUUGCUGUUGUGGCCAAGAAAAGGUUGCCAGUUUCCAAAAAUAAUACUGAAACGAAAAAGCCCAAAUUCAGAAAAAGGAACAGGAAAGCUAUUUUAAAAUGCUGUUUUGAAAAUGUUUGUACAGAUGAUGCCUUAUCAAAGGAAAAUAUGGUUGUCUCUGAGACAGAAGUUUUACUAAAAGAACUGGAGCAAAUGCUACAGCAAGCUCUAGAACCCACAGCAACACUGGAAGGUCCCGAAGAGGAACGUGGGGAGGAAAUAAAUACAGGAGAAAAGUUGCCUCAGUGGGGCCCUGACGCUUCUGCAAGCAGUCCAUUUGAAAACCACUGUGAAGAUGACUAUGUUAUAAUUGACGGGAUAAAAUUAAAAGCUGGGGAAUGUAUUGAAAAUAUAACUAACAAGUUUAAUGAAAUCGAUGCUUUGAUAUCUGAAUUAUAGGGCAUUAUAAAUAUUUUCAAAAGGUAAUUAUAAAAACAAAGUCAAAAACUUAAAAUGUUUAGUGAAAUAGGUAUGUAUUAUACCAAAGUUGAUAUUUGUAAUAGCUUCCUACUUUACAUUUUGAGGAUAUACAUUGUUUUGAGGUUCAAUCAAAUGAUAUUUAAGUUAGUGUGACAAUUUAUGAAUUUAAGAAACCCUAAUGUUUGUAGUUUGUUUUUCUUGUUUGCCCUAUGUUUAAAAUGGGUUGUAAAACUUACUGCACAAAUACAUGCUUUACAAUGGUUAUUUAAGCCCUUUAUUCAAAUAUGGAUGUUAAGGUGGCUGACAAAUCUAUUAUGUUUCUUACAGAUAACUCAAAUCUAAUAUGUUUAGAGAAUGUGUAUUUGUAGUAGAAUUAAGCUAUUACAAAAUAAAAUAAAAUGUAAAAAUGGCUAUAUAACAGAGUUGGAGCUUUUCUUAAAAAGCAAAAAUGUUAAAUUGCCUUAUUAUAUUUGAAAUAAUUAUUUCAAGCACAGUGCUCAAAUUUGGCUAAUACUCUCUUGGGGAUCUUUGAAAGAUCAGAAUUCAGGACCCUUUUCCACUGAAUCAGUAAAUCUGGAAAUGGGGAUGAUCAAAUGUAGUUAAAAAUCUAGACAGAUGAGUUAAACAUAUUCACUAUAAAACAAAUCUAAACCAUAUAGAAAAGUGCAAAGCACAUCCUGCAAUACCGCUCUCAACGUCUCCCCUGAAACCCAUCUUCAGGGAUUGCCUUAGUGGGCGUUGGUCUAGACCGAGUUUUGUACGCAUCACAGUGUGUGUCUGGCCACAUCUAGUUCCAGCCUCAGCUAUCCUUCUCUAUGCCUGCCUAUCUUCCUGAGGAUAAGGGUAGGGAAAAGGACAUUCCAAAGAAAAGCAAGAGAGCAUCUGGGACCCGCUGUUAGUUGAAUUAGCUGGAGUGACAUGUGAUAGCAAGAAAGUAAGCUACAACAGAUGAGGGCUGUGUAGACAGGUGGAGGAGCUUAUAACUGUAGGGACCAAGGGAAGAGUUUAAACAGUAGAAUCCCUUUUCUACUUCAAAAAGAUCUCAUGAGCGGCAGGGUGGAGAACAGAGUGAGAGAGAGUAACCUUGGAGUCAGCAGACCAGUUAGAAGACUACUUUGGGUAUUCAGUUGUGAGAUUCUGAGAACCUACUGCACAAAUACAUGCUUUACAAUGGUUAUUUAAACCCUUUAUUCAAAUGUGGAUGUUAUUCAAGUGUGAAGUAUGGUGGUGCUAUGAUGGAGAGAAUUGGAUAGAUUCAGGCUAAAUUAAUACCAAUGAAUUAUUAGGAUUUAGGGACUGAAUAUAAGGAUGAGACGGGGAGUCAAGGAUGAUUCCACGUUUUUACUAUUCACAAUACAUGCAUAUUAGAAAUGUUGGACAAAUACCAAGUUUGGGCCAAACUGUGUGACUUUAGCAGAGAUUCUGUGCUACUUGUGCUUUGACAAAUCCUGCAUCCCGAUAACACUCUGAGUACGGAGUGACUAGAAUAAUCUCUCAACAUGUCAUAUUUAAAUUCUGUGUGGUAUAAAACAGUGAAGAUUAAGGCUUCCUUUCUUUCUUCCAGCUGAAUUUACUCCACAGCAUUUUAGAAAAACUUUUCCUUCUUUUCUUGGCAGUAUGAUUUUAUAUUCACAGCCUAUAAGAUGUCUCAAAGUAAUUAGUCCCAUUUUUUGUUACUGCUUAGAAUCAACUAUAAAAAUGACUACAAUUGUAUCUGAAGGACUUUAUCAGCAAUUCAAGUGUUUGACAUAACCCCCCCCCCCCCCAUCUAGAAGAUCAAUUAGGUCACUUGCAACUAAUUCCUGUUGGUGGAACAGUAAAUGGUCAUCAGAGUCCGAUUUCACAGGUCAGAUACUGGAAUAUUCAGAUUGAAUUUAUUUUUGCCAUGUUCUUAGUGUUAGGAGUCUGGAAUUUCCACUGAAGACGUUGUGUACUUGAGUAGCUCAAAAUAGUUCUAAGAGCAAUUAUUUGGGUUGGUUCUGUCUUCAGUGAAAACCGCAGACUCCUUCUAAGAAGAGGCUGGAGGAACCUCUAUCCAUGUGAGAAUAAAGGCUUUCAAAUUUCCUGAUAGAAUGUCCCCAGGAAAAGGGAUGAAGGGAGAGUCAGGGCUGAGAAUCCUGCCUGCCUGGCACACCCUCCCUGCUGGUACAUGUCCGGUGUUCCAAGGCAGGCUGUAUACUGAGAUGGCAUAGCAGUGGGGCUCUGCAAACAGAAUGCCUGCCUUCAGAUCCUGGUGCUGCCAUCUACUGGCUGGGAGACUUGGGGCAAGUUACUAAACUUCUCUGAGCCGAGGUUUUUGUUUUUUCAUCCAGAAAGCAGAGAACAUGUGGAAAACUAUGCAAGUUAUGACCAUGAUUAUUGUUGGCUUGGAGCAUUUCUUUUCUGACCACCCCUGCCAUGCCUCUUCUAUGCCCAUUGAACUAACAUGCUCCUUUGGACAGAACCUGAAGUAACACACCUGCUUUUGGGGGACUGAGACCAAGGACUGUGUGUGAUUAGCUGACGUGUAGGUCAGGCCUGGUAGUAGGCAAUACCUUACAAUUUAUAGCUAGAACCUCUUGCUAGGUCCAAGGAGAAUAUCAUAGGAAAUUGCAUCUGCCCACCAAGGGAGGUUAAAUUCUAAGUACACUUAUUAUAUCAAGUUUGGUAUGUGAGGUAUAAGGCAAUAUGUCAGGGCCUUGUGUCCAGGCAUUUGGGUUUGAGGAGUAGCUUACUGAUACCCUUUGGAAUGAGUUGGGUCAAGCCUGUCUGCCUACAUUCUCCAUGAACUUAGGGAAAGUCUGGGUCCAUUAGAAGCUGUGUCCUGAGAUCUGUAGAUCCUGGAGAGUUGAGCAUCAGAUCCAGCCCUAUAUUCCAGGAAGUCUUGGUUCAUUUGCCCAUGCUGGAAGUUGAAUUUAUGCAGGGAUUUCCAUUGGUAGGAGGCUUAGCUCUAUCUUUAUUGGAGGCUGCCUGUGCACUUUUGAUAGGUUAGUCUCUUGUUGCCACCAGUGAGGUGAACAAGGAAAUGCACUAUGUACUUGUAAAAGUCUGUAGCAUACCACAAUUAAAGACUUCUAAGUACUUCUUUAGGGGUGAACCCACUCUUGAUGCCUGCAACCCCAUGGAAGUGAUACUUUGGUCAAGUUGCUUUAGCCUCUCCGUGUCUCACUUUCCUUAUCUGAAAAAUUAGGAUGAUGGUGAUGAUCAUGGUAAUAAUCAUCUUAAUAAUACUAAUGUCCUAGAGUUGUUCAGCAGAAUAAAAUGAGUUCCGACAUGCAAAGCACCUAGCAAAAUGCCCAGCACAUUAUGUAACUGUCAUUACUAUUUUUACAGUCUAGUAAGAGAGAGACCUCUGAAGCAAUGCCAGAAUUGGGAGGGAGAACAGUGGGCUUGCUGGAAAGGGUGAAAGCCACAGGCUGAAUAAAGCAUGAAGGUGAGAAAAGCAGGAACACAAACACCCAGCCCCUAAUCCCAGUACCAGAAUGCAGGGGGUGGAGAGGGCAGGGGAUGGGGAUUAAGGCUGCGCCAAGCAGAUUGGGCUCUGCUCAAAGAAAUCCUCCUAUAUCAUCCUAAAGGGGCAGCACCUCAUUCAAUAGGGAAUCCAAGUCAUGCAGUCAUGAGAACAGUGAUCACCAGAAUCUGCUGGUUUAAACACCCACGGGUUCUGGGUGUUGCGAUUGGCUUGGAAUCAAGACUAUUCUGCAAUGUGCAUGAUUGGAGAAGGAGGGUGGGGGCAGCAGGCAGACAUUACUAUGCCAACCUGUGCCCCAUUGUCUGAGAAAACCGUGCCCUGAUGUUAGCUCAGAUUGUCAGCUUCCACAGCGAGCGCCUUAGGGUUGCCAGCAGGCAGCCAGUGACUGGAAGGUUAGGUGGCUCCGCGAAGUCUUAUUAAACUCUUGGCUGCCUGGAAAUAAUGCACCAUAGCCACAGAGUUUUAAAUGGCAAAGGAUCUCUGGCUGUCAGAGAGGUUAUAGGUAGAUACUUUCAUUUGUCCUCCAUGAAAGCUUAAUAUCAUUUUCUUCUGUUCGAGUCAACUCACAGACCUCAUUACUUCAAGUUCGCCGGGCAGCCAGAGCAGCCUUUUUGAUUUUACUGUGCUCUCAGAAUCUUGUUGGGGAAGAGCUAAUGCAUUUUUAACCAGCUCCAGCAAUUUAAAGCUCUUUGGUGCUAUAGCAUAUUAAUUCAGUUAUUGGUAACUCUCUUAGGUAUCUGUGUCAGGAGGGAUUUCCGCUCCUGCAGUUUGAGUUCCAGGAAGUAGGGGCCACAUGCCCUUCCCUUUGUGCCCCAC